AUGCGUGUCACCGGGGAUCUAGGGUUUUCGAGCCUGGUCCUUCUGGUGGUUUGUCUGGUGGUGCCGGUGAUCGGCCUCGUAAUUUGCCGUAGAUGGCAGAUUUCAGAGGCUAAGAAGGAGGAGAUCAGGAGGCUUUUGGUUUUGGCCGCGGAGGAAACUGCCAGGGCCGAGAGAGAAGCGUUAUAUGUGUACGGCACGUCGGUUUCUGCCGCUCCAAGCAAUCAAUGCGCCGUUUGCUAUUUUCCUGCCACCGCACGUUGCGCUCAGUGCAAAUCGGUUCGCUACUGUUCUUUUGAGUGCCAAACUGUUCAUUGGCGUCAAGGUCAUAAGUUAGAAUGCCGUCCUCCCAGCACAAUCCAACGGAGUGAUGAUGUAACAAGUGAUCAUAGCAGCAAGUUGGUACAGCAAGGCUACGCUGGAGUCUAUAGUGAGAAGUUGGAAAGUGAAAGCACAGAAUGUAAAUCAGCCUUUGAAAAGCCCCCAAUUUCUGAUAUCUGCAUUUCUCCUAAAGUUUCAUCUGGGAAGGAUGAAAAUAUCAGAUUUGAGUCCCUUGCAGAGGGAAAUAUAACAGAUUCUAUUUCGGAAUCGUCCAGUAACUCAUUUUCUGGAUUCUCAGCUUCCACGGGUUCCACUGAUUCAUCUGAUGAUUCCUCUGUCUGUGAGAGUAUAAUUUCAAAUGAGUAUGACAGAGAGGGACCUAUUUUGGUUGAUUCCACCCUUGACAUUCUAGACAACACUAGUGAUAAUAGCAUGGGUGUAACCAUGUCCUCUUCACCAAAGUUUGCUACUUUGGUUGAUUCUACAAUGCAUAAAUUAAAUCAUAUCGGACCUGGUUUUAGUAAAGAAGGGAGUAAGUUUGCAGCAAAUGGUAAUUCAGGUUCAAGUAAGUGUAAGGGGAAAACAAUUGAGCCUUCUACAGUGUUUUCGGGAUUCUGGGAUAAAGCACUUGAUGGGAUUAAAGAUGAUUCCAAACAUGACACUCAUCCAUCCUACUGUGAUGAAUCCAUGGGCAAAAGGACUGUUUCUGAUUCUUCAUGUCACUUUUCAUUCAGUGCCAUGCCUCCUUCACAUGUACGAGAUACCAAAACAAAGGGUUCUGAUAAUGCUUUCCCAAACUGUAUUGGGUCUCAGAAUAAUAACGUGAAUUCUUCGGAAGUGAGGAAUUUCUCGUUCUCCAACAGUGAACUUUCCAGUGUUAGGAGUUAUGUUAAUCCAAAUGGUUCUAAAUCUGAUCAAUUGGAUUCUAAAGACAGCUUUAGGCCACCUUUAUCAUCUUUCUCUCAUCAGUCCCCCGGUGGCAAAGAUUCAAUUUGUGCAGAGGCUUUGAGAAUCAAUAACUUGCAAAAGACUGGCUCUAUGGUAUCAAAUCGAGUUGUGAAGAACUGUCGCAGCACAUUCAAGUCCACUGAGAUUAGAUGCGUGAAGCAUGAGGAUGCUAAUUCUAAUUUAGCUUCUGGAAAUGAAGAGCAUUCUCAUUCCAGUACAAAACAUGGGAAUAAUGACAUUGAAUUUGGCACUCGAUCUGUCACUUCCUCUCAUAUUACUAGCUGCUCUGCAAAUUCUAAGUGUGGCUUAAGAACUCCUGUUUUGAAAGUUGUUGAUCAGUUUAGAGGAUCAAAUAUGUCAAAGCACUUUCAAUUAGCUGUUGGGAGUGAUAUCAGUGAAAGACACAAUGACAAGGGUUUUUUUCCUUAUGAAUUGUUUGUCAAGCUUUAUAACUCAAACAAGGAGGAGUUAUGCCCAUUUGGCCUUGUGAAUUGUGGAAACAGUUGUUAUGCCAAUGCUAUACUUCAGUGUUUAGCAUUUACACCACCUCUGACUGCUUAUUUGCUUCAAGGAUUACAUUCUAAAUCAUGUGCAAAUAAGAAAUGGUGUUUCACCUGCGAAUUUGAAAGAUUGAUUUUGAAGUCAAAAGAGACAAAAUCUUCAGUGUCUCCUAUAAGCAUAAUCUCUCAUUUACAGAAUAUUGGGAGUCAGCUUAGUAAUGGGAGAGAAGAAGAUGCACAUGAAUUUCUUAGGCAUGUUAUUGACACAAUGCAAUCUAUUUGCCUUAUGGAAGCUGGGGUUAACGCACCAGGCUCCUUAGAAGAGGACACUACUUUAAUGGGUCAAACAUUUGGAGGUUACCUUCGAUCAAAGAUAAAAUGCAUGAAAUGUGGAGGGAAGUCUGAGCGUCAAGAAAGGAUGAUGGAUCUGACUGUUGAGAUAGAAGGGGAUAUAUCAACCCUGGUGGAGGCCCUUCAGCGGUUUACAAGCCCUGAGACUCUGGAUGGGGAAAACAAGUACCACUGUGUCAGAUGUAAAUCUUAUGAGAAGGCCAAGAAGAAGCUGACAGUUUCAGAGGCACCCAAUGUUCUUACAGUUGCAUUGAAGAGAUUUCAGUCUGGGAAAUUUGGGAAGCUCAACAAGCCUAUUCAAUUUCCUGAAAUACUUAACUUGGCACCUUUCAUGAGUGGGACUAGUGAUAAAUCACCCAUAUACAGAUUGUAUGGGGUAGUUGUUCACUUAGAUGUCAUGAAUUCUGCCUUUUCGGGUCAUUACGUGUGCUAUGUGAAGAAUAUCCAAAACAGGUGGUUCAAGGUUGAUGACAGUGUGACUAGAGAUACUAGAGCAGAGAUGAGAUGUGACUACAGACUCCUCCAGGUGUUCGAGAGACCUGGACUCCAUCCCAAGACUAACUAA